UCCAGGAGGGGUUUCGGAGUGAGAGUCGGUCCUCGCCGGAAAGACGCGGCUCUGGGGCUCUGCGGAAGCCCCCCUCCAGGCACCCGGUUCCCUGGAGCCCCCCGCGCCGCGUCGGGGGUUCGUCUCGUGGGGGCCGAGAGCAGCGUCGGAUUUAAGGAGCGUCUGUAAGGAGAGCUGCGCCUCCUUGAAGAUUAAAGCCUACUGGUCCUGAGCUGUUUCCAGUCCAAAUGUCUGCGAAAUUGAGAGCGUCAUUAAAACUUCAUCCACAAACUGUAGAGGAGCCUGACAGCAUUCUGGUCGUGAAGAUGGAAGAGGAAGAGCAGACGUGUGAUGUGGACUCCAGCCUCCCCUGGAGCAGCCGCUGCAGCCCAGACACCUUCCGCCAGCGGUUCAGGCAGUUUGGCUACCAGGAGUCCCCUGGUCCCCGGGAGGCUCUGAGCCAGCUCCGGCAGCUUUGCCGUCAGUGGCUGAGGCCAGAGGUGCACACUAAGGAGCAGAUCCUGGAGCUGCUGGUGCUGGAGCAGUUCCUGGCCAUCCUGCCCGAGGAGCUGCAGGCCUGGCUGCGAGAUCACCGACCAGAGGAUGGAGAGGAAGCCGUGACUAUGCUGGAGGACCUGGAGAAAGAGCUUGACGGGCCACCUGAGCAGGUUGUCUUUGGACGAAAUGAGGACAUGAUUUCAGAGAAACUAGCACCUUGGGAAAUCAUCCAGGAGUCACCAAGUAGCCAGCUCAAGCCUGUGAAGAAGCAGCUUCACUCGUUAAGACAAAAAGAUAAAGACACCAGAACUAUAAAUGUGAAAUCAGCUUCGAGGCAAAAGACUUCUUCAGGCAUAGAACUGCAUUAUGAUGUUUCUAACACCCUUCAUAUGAAUACUUCCCAGAGUUUCACAUAUAGAGGAACCUGUGAACAAGGUGGCAGGUUUGAAAGAAGACAGAGAAAUCCUUCUAGAAAAAAACAACAUAAAUGUAAUGAAUGUGGCAAAAUAUUUAGUCAGAGCUCAGCCCUUAUCCUCCAUCAGAGAAUCCACAGUGGAGAAAAACCUUACGUGUGUGAUGUGUGUGCAAAGGCUUUUAGCCGAAGUGCAGUCCUGAUUCAGCAUCGAAGAAUCCACACUGGGGAAAAACCCUACAAGUGUCACGAAUGUGGAAAAGCCUUUAGUCAGAGCUCUAAUCUUUUUAGACAUAAAAAAGGACACACUAGAGGAAAGAGUCCCAUCAGUAUCCUGAGGGAAUCAAAGCAUUUACUCAGAGCUUUUUCAACAGGGGAGAGGACACAAGGCACAAACACCUCUUUAGAGUAAAUUAUUGGUUAUAAUGGGCACAUUUCCUUUUGAGGGUCAUCAGAGCCACAGGGGAGAAUAUAGACUAUCUUAUGUCAGCAUUGUUUGCUUUUCUGCUUAUCAACACCAUGUCAAUUCAGAUGUUUGAGAUUCUAAAACUUAAUUCAGAUUUCCAUCCCUAGGGCAGCUCUUGAAAAGAUUCUCAGACAUCUACUAUUUCCAUUAUUAACACAAAUAAUGAACUAGUAUAUUCCUUUUUUAGACAAGUACAUUUCCCUGUUGAGAAGGAACGUGUGAGUUACUCAGUAUAAAAAAUGGAUAUUGUUUUCCAUUUCAUCACUUGAGCAUUGGAGUUCUCAGACCAAAGAUUAAAGCACUUUUUAAAAAAUUUCCUUUUGUUUUCUGUUACCAGAUUCAAAAUAUGAGAAUAGGAUUGAGGCAGCCCAGUAGAAUAUGUUCCUCAAGACCUAGGCUGAAAUGUCCAGGGUCAUUGUUAGGAGGCAGGUGAGUAAAGGGACUUAAUGUCUUAUGAAACUUACAGGAGCCUACACAUUAAACAGGGCUGUCUGGAUGCUUAUAUAAGGUUGAUGACUAUCUCAAUAUAAAGAAAAAAGGGAGCUGAAGAAAAGACCGUCCAAACAAGACUGACUGAUGUAACACGAAUGUUGGCAGCAUGGCAUGUAAUGGGGAAGCGUGCCACAGCUUACCUGGAAAAGAAAGCCCUUCAUAGCUGGAGACUAUCCUUCAGUGUUCUUCCCGGCCCCCUUUCUGGCAAAAAUCAGCUGUCAGCAUGUUUCAGGCCUCAGAAGACAGCCUUUUCAGGGUCUUAUGCAUUGUCAAUGAGAUCACUUUCCAGACAAGCUGUCAUGUAGUGAGACCUUGGAUUUUGAUCCUCUUGUACUAAUGAGGAAAUCACUGAAGUUCAAUUUAAAGAGUCCACCAAAGUUUUAGCCAUAUUUAAUUCAGUCAGAUUCCACGUUGAAGUAUAAAAUGACUGAUUUGUAUGUUAUUAAAAUUAUUCUGCUGGUAUAGGACAUAAUAUUCCCUUUUCCAGGGCUUCUUGAUAAAACUCUGUAUGUAUUCCAAGAAUACAUGUAUUACUGGGUUUUCCAUGGUGCCAGUUAGCCAACCUGGAAGCAAACAUCAGAAGUGACAGUCCUUGGAAGGGGAAGGGAAGAAGGGGCUUAUAGUGAACUUCUUUGAUUGGGUUCCUCAUGAAGUGUAAACAUUUCAUUAUCAAAAAUUCAGCUAUCAUCUAGUGCUUAGAGUAACUCCACAAACAAAUGUGGCAUUACUGUGCUUUGCUUAGUAUAUUGAUAAAUAGAAGAUGAGUAGGGGGAGAAGUAAAUACAAAUAUUAGAGAAUUUUCUGAUAGUGAUUAUAUUUUCUAGUUCUAGUAAUAUGCAUAUCUAUUGAGUUUGGUAUAUUUUUAGUUAUUAAAAAUGAAUGUAGGAGUCUUUAUUUGGAGCUCAUUCUCUAAAGAGGAACAAGCCAUCUAUUAAAGCAGCAAAUGUCUCAGAGAGAUGUGUAUGUUGAAUUACUGCUUAAUUAUGGAAAGAGUUUCUUAGGCGCUACAUGAAUAAAAUGACAGAAUCUAAAUCAA